GCUUUCGGCGUUGUCCCGAGCGGCCCCGAGCUUCCUGCUGUGCCGCCGCCCGGUCCCGUGCAGGCUCUCCCGGCUUCGCUGCCUUUGCAGAGCCGGGGUACAGGUGGCCAGACCUCAGCGAGCAGCAGCACCUUCUUCUGCAGCUACUGUGUCCCGCCACAGUCUGAGGCGGGUACCAAGUCCAGAAGCGGCGGGUGGGUCGUUUCCAGCCGAGGAGGGGCUGCCGAUGCACCUGGAGCUGCUCAGCCACCUGCUCAGAGCGAGGGAGUGUUUUACUCCCCAGUACCCUGCUGCCGUCGACCUUGGCCGACACGGCCAGAUUUCUUGGGUGGUGCUGUGUGGUACGAAUGAAACCGCCCCUUAUUCGAAGCGCUUAUCUCUCAUCAGCCUUAUUUUUUUUUAAAUAUUCUUGAAACUUUCAGUGAAACAGAACUUUCUGAGAAGUGUCAUACUGUCCGGUAACAAAGCUGGUGAGAAUGGAGCUCUUCCAGUAUUUACUCAAGAGCUGUAUCCGUUUAAUUGUCCCACAUAAGGAAGAUGACAAGUAAAAAAAGUGAAUGCAAGUAAAACUUUGCCCAUCAUGUCAGCAGAAUCUGUGGAGAUUGAUGAUGCAUUGUAUAGUCGACAGAGGUAUGUCCUCGGAGACACAGCAAUGCAGAAGAUGGCCAAGGCCCAUGUGUUCCUAAGUGGUGUGGGUGGGCUUGGAGUGGAAAUUGCAAAGAAUCUUGUUCUUGCAGGGAUUAAGGCACUUACAAUCCAUGAUACAGGAAGAUGCCACACAUGGGAUCUUGGGACCAACUUCUUCCUCUGUGAAGAUGAUGUUGUUAAUGGGAGAAACAGGGCUGAAGCUGUACUUCACCGUAUUGCAGAGCUAAAUCCCUAUGUUCAUGUCACAUCGUCUUCUCUUCCUUUCAAUGAAACUACAGAUCUCUCCUUCUUAAAUAAAUAUCAGUGUGUAGUUUUGACUGAGAUGAAACUUUCAUUACAAAAGAAGAUCAACAACUUUUGCCGUUCUCAUUGCCCUCCAAUUAAGUUCAUCAGUGCAGAUGUACAUGGAGUUUGGUCACGAUUGUUUUGUGAUUUUGGUGAUGAAUUUGAAGUUUCAGAUACAACAGGAGAAGAACCAAAAGAAAUUUUCAUUUCAAACAUAACGCAAGCUAAUCCUGGUAUUGUAACUUGCCUUGAAAAUCGUCCUCACAAACUUGAGACAGGACAAUUCCUAACAUUUCGAGAAAUUAAUGGAAUGACAGGUCUAAAUGGGUGCAUACAACAAAUAACUGUGGAAUCACCAUUUUCUUUUAGCAUUGGUGAUACUACAGAGCUCGAACCGUAUUUACAUGGAGGAAUAGCUGUACAGGUUAAGACUCCUAAAACAUUUUGUUUUGAGCCAUUGGAGAGGCAGAUAAAACAUCCAAAGUGCCUUGUUGCGGAUUUUAGCAAACCUGAGGUAUCUUUGCAGAUUCACACAGCAAUGCUUGCAUUGGAUCAAUUUCAGGAGAACUACAGUCACAAGCCAAAUACUGGAUACCAACAAGAUACAGAAGAGCUGUUGAGACUAGCAACAUCUAUAAGUGAAACACUGGAUGACAAGCCUGAAGUAGAUGCUGACAUUGUGCGUUGGCUCGCUUGGACUGCUCAAGGCUUUUUGCCCCCACUUGCUGCAGCAGUCGGAGGAGUUGCCAGUCAAGAAGUCCUGAAAGCUGUGACAGGGAAGUUUUCACCUUUGUGUCAGUGGUUGUAUCUUGAAGCAGCAGACAUCGUCGAAUCCCUAGGCAAACCUGAAUGUGAAGAAUUUCUCCCACGGGGAGAUAGAUACGAUGCUUUACGAGCCUGCAUUGGAGAUACUUUGUGUCAGAAGCUACAAAAUUUGAAUAUCUUUUUAGUAGGAUGUGGAGCUAUAGGCUGUGAGAUGUUAAAAAAUUUGGCUUUACUUGGAGUUGGUACAAGCAAAGACAAAGGAAUGGUUACAGUUACAGAUCCUGACUUGAUAGAAAAAUCAAACUUAAAUAGGCAAUUCCUGUUUCGUCCUCAUCACAUACAGAAACCUAAAAGCUAUACUGCUGCUGAUGCAACUUUGAAUAUAAAUCCUCAAUUAAAGAUAGAUGCACACCUGAACAAAGUAUGUCCAGCCACAGAGGCCAUUUACAAUGAUGAGUUUUAUACUAAACAAGAUAUAAUUAUUACAGCAUUAGAUAAUGUGGAAGCCAGGAGAUAUGUUGACAGCCGUUGCGUAGCAAAUCUGCGGCCCCUCCUAGACUCUGGAACGAUGGGCACUAAGGGGCACACUGAAGUUAUUGUACCUCACUUAACUGAGUCUUACAAUAGUCAUCGAGAUCCCCCUGAAGAGGAAAUACCAUUUUGUACUCUAAAAUCCUUUCCAGCUGCUAUUGAGCAUACUAUACAGUGGGCAAGAGACAAGUUUGAAAGUUCCUUUUCCCAUAAGCCUUCAUUGUUUAACAAGUUUUGGCAAACUUACCCAUCUGCAGAAGAAGUCUUGCAGAAGAUACAAAGUGGACAGAGUCUAGAAGGCUGUUUUCAAGUUAUUAAGUUACUUAACAGAAGACCUAGAAAUUGGCCCCAGUGUGUAGAAUUAGCAAGAUUAAAAUUUGAAAAAUAUUUUAGCCAUAAGGCACUUCAGCUUCUUCACUGUUUUCCUGUGGACACACGACUAAAAGAUGGCAGUUUGUUUUGGCAGUCACCAAAGAGGCCACCUUCUCCAUUAAAAUUUGACUUAAAUGAACCUUUGCACCUCAGUUUUCUUCAGAGUGCUGCAAAACUCUAUGCUGCAGUAUACAGCGUCCCAUUUGUGGAAAAGGAUUUAACAGUAGCUGCCCUCAUGAAUAUUCUUUCAAAAGUAAAGAUUCAGGAAUUCAAGCCAUCCAAUAAGGUUGUUCAAACAGACGAAACUGCACGGAAACCAGAUCAUGCUCCUGUUAGCAGUGAAGAUGAGAGGAAUGCUGCUUUCCUACUGGAGAAGGCGAUUGCAUCUCAUGAAGCCACCAGAAGUGACCUUCAGAUGGCAGUGCUUUCCUUUGAGAAGGACGAUGACAGUAAUGGACACAUAGAUUUCAUCACAGCUGCGUCCAAUCUCCGUGCCAGAAUGUAUAACAUUGAACCAGCUGACCGUUUCAAAACAAAGCGCAUAGCUGGCAAAAUCAUACCUGCCAUAGCAACAUCCACUGCUGCAGUUUCUGGCUUGGUCACUUUGGAGAUGAUCAAAAUAACUGGUGGCUUUCCAUUUGAAGCUUACAAAAACUGUUUUCUUAACUUAGCCAUUCCAAUUAUAGUGUUUACAGAGACUUCUGAAGUAAGAAAAACUGAAAUCAGAAAUGGAAUAUCAUUUACAAUUUGGGAUAGAUGGACUAUACAUGGAAAAGAAGAUUUCACCCUCUCGGAUUUCAUAAAUGCAGUCAAGGAAAAGUAUGGAAUUGAGCCAACAAUGGUAGUUCAGGGAGUCAAAAUGCUUUAUGUUCCUGUAAUGCCUGGUCACGCAAAAAGAUUAAAGUUAACGAUGCAUAAACUUGUGAAACCUUCUACUGAAAAAAAAUAUGUAGAUCUUACUGUGUCAUUUGCCCCAGACACUGAUGGAGAUGAAGAUUUGCCAGGACCUCCAGUGAGAUACUUCUUCAGUCCCGAUACCAAAUAAAGGUGAUCUUAAAGUUACUCCACAACUACAUGGUUCUAUAAAGAGUGCACCCAAUUCAAAAGCUUAAAAAAAUCAGCUCCUAAUACUGUGGAUUUCUCUUUGAAGAAGCCUUAAUUUAAGGAAAAAUCUGUAAGAAACUAUAUUAAAUAAGUAGAAAGCAUUUUGGAACAUAAUAUAAACUUAUCUGAUGCUUCACACAUGACUGUGAUAGCAAGCAACUUUUAAUUGGAAUAUCAUUUUAUAGUACAACAAAUUUGUGUAUUAAGCUGUCUGGAAGAAAAUAAAAUAUUUAUCUGUAACAAAAAGAAAAAUAUGAAGAAAUUGAAAGUAAAGAAUGCAGCUAUCCAAACAAUUUAAUUCCACUUUGUAAAUUUCGUUUUGUUUGGUAUUUGAGACCCAUUUUUCAAUACAAAUGUUGUUCAGCACCUUGUGUCUUUCAUGUGGUUAGGCUUUAAAAAUUUAAUGUCAAUGUGAGGAGAGAGAUGAUAAUAAUAGGGGAAGAGUAGGGAUUUUAAAUUGUGUACACCUUACUGUCCUCUGCUAGUUUAAAGAGUUUAUUAUAUCUUCUCCCAAAUCAGAAUUUUAAAAAAAAAUAUCGUCAGUGUUGUAAGCCAUGAGCAAAUCAGAUGAUACACAUCAAUUUGAACUGUUAACAGUAUUAUAUGGACUCAGACAGAUCAUUCUAGAAAAUCCAAGAAUGUGAAAAGAUAAUGUGGCUAAUCAUUUGAAUAUGCCUUCUGAUGUGGAUAUUUAAUUUAUUUGGAACUUAAGAGAUUGUGAUCUCAUAUAAGGCUAGAGGUUUUGUAAAGGGAGUGUCUUCAGAAAUAUAUGAAAACUAAAAAUUAAAAAUAUCAUCACUA